AGCAGUGUGAAUAACUGAUAAUUACCUCAGAUGGUGUUCUGUGUUGUCUGAGUAAUAUGUAUGUUCAUCUGUGGAAAUCUUAUUCUUAAAUCAGAGGUGAAGGCUGUGGUGGAUCAUCUGAAAAUGAGCUUAGUUGUUUUUAGUUCCUCAAAAUGAAGGAAAUGGCAUCAGUGUUGUGGUGUGAGGGAUGAGCGGUUCAGACUUGGAUGGCAACCCUCCUUUAAGCAUUUUGUUUAUCUUCUGAAAACUGUAAUCCUGUGUGCUUUCAGCAGCUUACUGAGUCUUCUCCAGUGCUGACUGUCCUCACACACAGAGUCGAGCUUACUGGCUUACAGGAGCACAGGAGAGAGUGAACAUGUGAGAAACGUGCUGUUCUGUGGGCCAAAUGAACCUCAGAGGCUGAUAUUCACAUGCUUUGCAUUGGAACACUAUUUUAGUUAGAGGCAAUGACAACAACUGCCUGCCCGGUUUUCAUACCUACACAUGAAGUUCCUGUUUUUCUCCUGGUUGGCGGUUUUCGUGGGAAGCUGGGUGGUGUACGUUGAAUACUCUUCAUACACAGAGCUGUGCCGGGGACACGAGUGCAAAAACACUAUUUGUGAUAAAUUCCAGAAGGGGGUGAUUGAUGGUUCAGCCUGCAACAGCUUGUGUGAGAAGGACACUCUUUACUUGGGGAAGUGUCUCUCUGCCAAACCCAGCAAUCAGGUCUAUUCUGGCAGUUGGGGUGACAUGGAAGGGAUCAUUAAGUGCCAGAUGAAGGAAGACCCUCAUUAUGAUCUGGGUUUUGAACUGGAGCCCCGAAAAGAGUCUGCCUCCUUCAGCAGGCCAACCAAAGGCACAUCAAUGCAGAAGUUCAAAGAAAUGGUUUUCAACCAUCUAAAGGCAAAAGUAGGAGACCAAGCAAACUUAGCAGAUCUGUUGACCCUGGUGCUGGGAGUCACCGACAGCAACAAGGAUGGGGAGAUUUCACUGUCAGAAGCGCAUUCGGCCUGGGCUUUACUGCAGCUCAAUGAAUUCCUGCUGUCCGUGGUGCUGCAGGAGCGAGAACACACUCCCAGACUGCUGGGCUUCUGCGGGGACCUGUACGUGAUGGAGAAGGUGCCUUAUGUGCCCCUGUAUGGUGUCAGCCUGCCAUGGAUGGUGGAGCUGUGGAUUCCUGCUAGCUUGCGGCGAAGCAUCGACCAGUGGGCCACCCCGUCCUGGCCUCGCAAAGCCAAGAUCGCCAUCGGCCUGUUCGAGCUGGUCGAGGACGUCUUCCACGGCACUUUCGGGAGUUUCCUCAUGUGUGACGUUAGCGCUGCGGGGUUUGGUUAUACAGAGCGCCACGAUAUAAAGGUGGUAGACGCAAGGCAGAUUGUGCCUGAAGUUGGUUUUCAGGAAGUGAUGCGCGAGAGGCGCUGUGAAGAAGACACUGAUUGUUUGUAUGGAAGGGACUGCUUUACUUCAUGCGAUCUUACUAAACACCGCUGCACAACAGAGGUUACACAACCCAAUCUGGCUAAAGUAUGCAGCACAUUGAAGGACUAUAUUCUGUACGGCGCGCCAUCAGACAUUAAAGACGAACUGGAUAAACAGUUGUACGCUUGCAUUGCUCUCAAAGGUGCCAGCGAACAGAUGGAAAUGGAGCACUCGCUGAUUCUCAACAACCUCAAAACUCUUCUUUGGAAGAAGAUAUCACACACUAAAGACUCCUAGUAAUUUAUCAAACUCAAGUUGUUCUUAUAUAUACAUCGUACACUCUC